AUGGAUGAUGAAAAAAGGAGAACAACAGAACAACAAGAAUAUGGGAAAAGAAGACAAGCCAGAGAUUCUAUCAGAGCAAGCAUUUUGUCGCACCCACAAUCUUUGCAUGAUUUCCAAUCUUUAGACAGAUGUUGCCUUAUUCGUCACAUUGCAAGAUUCUACCUGGAUAAAGUCUUCCGGUAUUGUGAGACAGAAAACCUUCAUGUCAGUCGGAAAAUCAGCGGCAUAGCCAACUCGUUUCUAGGCAUUGAAAAGAAACUCAGACAAUGUCAAGAUCAAAGUAUGUGCAGCUGUCAGGAAGAGGCAAUUAACAAAUAUCAGCAGAUCAUUGCCAACUAUGAACAGAUGGAUGUCAUGUCUGCUGCGAUGAAAUCCCUUGGAGAACUGGAUAUACUGCUUGAUUGGUUAGAGGCAUAUUAGAUUUAGAGUGCCAUCAUUAUUUUGUGGCCUCAAACACUAAUUUUAAGAUACUUUGUUGUGUAGCUCACAUAGGCCACACACCAGAUUUUCAUUCAUAUCCUUGGGCGUUCAACAGAAUGGUCCUGUAGUGAGUCCUGGUUCACAUGGUCAGCAAUCUAAGAAUGUUGUAUGUGCAGCCAAGUGUGUACUGCACAUGUGCCACUCUGUGUGUUGUGUAUGUGAUGACAUUUGCAACCUUUUCUUCUGGAAGUGGAAGAACUGGGGAAAUCAGCUGUAUCUGUAUGUACAGUUGAUGUCACAAUAUACUUGUCAUGCAUACAGUAUUCUUGGAAUGCAAACUGUCUGAAUCAGGUAAAAUAACAGGAGUUCUUGACAGAGUUGCUUCAAAUUACAAUACAGCUGUUUUCAUGAUUCCUGUUAUCUGAAUGUUCUAAUACUCCCAUCUUGCAUCAUGUUAAUGGUGUCUUACUGCAAACAGCAUCCCAUGUAAUCCAAAAUCAACCAUUCAACAUCUUUGAUUUUCAUUUCAUUUCAUUGUGUGUAUUUUAUUCUUAGAAUAGUACCUUCUGUAUUAUUCCAUGUAUUGCUAACUAUAUGAUUUGUAUGAGGAACAUUUUCUUGGGCAAUCCUGUGAAACUCUGUUCUCCCUAAAUGCAGCAUAUUCAGUAAGCACAUGUUGUACUGAACAUUCAAAUACUCCUUUGAAUAAAUACAAGUCAGACUGGAAUUCUUUCUUCUGAGCAUCA